AUGGCGGAACAUCUCUCUUCGUACGACAAGAUCAAUCAUCCGAAUAUCCAUACUCGUAAUUGGGAGGCCCAAAGUGUUCGUAUAGUGGAGUCUAAGGAUCCGGAAAACGGUGCGUCCCAACAUAGGCCGCUUUCUUGCGGCCGCCCUCAAGUGCCCUUCAAUAGCGAUAACCGCCCAUUCAACCUGAGAGGCCAAUACAACUCGAAGAAUCUAAUACUAAUGCCUACCGAUUUCGUAGAUGAGCGUAGGACAGAGGGAGAUGAAGCCGAAGGAUAUCAGGUCGCUAAGCCUCAUCAGGGGCAGUCAACUUCGAGUUCUUCAAACUCAAUCACAUCUUCUUCUAUCGAAAGUACAAGCACGGCUAGUACGUCUGCUAUCAGAACCCCACCAAGCCCAAAGAACACGGAAGUAGGAGACACAUCACGGCCAGGGGUCCGUUUUUCUGACCGCGGUCCUCCUCGUACGUCUACCGGCCACCCUACGAUCUAUCGGCGGUCCAGCAUCGGAGCUGGGGCGGCAGUAGAAUGGGGCACCCUGUUUGACGAGAACGGGUACGCUACCACACGAAACAAUCAGUUUCUUAGAGGACUAGCAAAAUAUAUCAUCGAUGACUUGGCACCUAGUAGCAGCAGUCUUGUUAUCACGCCCGAGAAGCUAUGUGCUCUCUAUUCGAGAUACAGACUGAACCCGGAGACCUAUCCUUUUAUAGAAAUCCUCAAUUCCAGAGCCAGGGAUGCCCAUGAUCGUCUCGCCGAUUUCUUCACAGAUCUGGACUGUCAGUACCAUCUAGUGCAACCCGAUUUCUACUCUCGGCCACGAGUCCCUGCUCUGACGCCCGCUGGGUUCGCCCAGUAUUUUACCACCUGUAUCCUUGCGCAUCCUGAUGAGGAAUUCCGCCGUCUUGAUAAGAUUGUAUCGGAUGUUCAGCUCGUAGCUGAUACCCCUGUCGAUGGCGAGCCCGAAAGACUUCCUAGACAGUUAUUCCGCAGUCAGUUUCCCGUGAGGCACGAUCCCAAGUCUAAGAAGAUCCUAACCGCUGCCAUUGACGACUUGAUAUACGAUCUUAGGCUGCAGGAGCCGUCUAGCCCGAGGUCCCCACUGGCAAUUAUGCCGCCGCCGCCGCCGUCGCCUGGUACCAAGGACCGAAGUAUCGUCCCCGUAAUCCGUCGUUAUGUCAUUCCCGAAGAGUACACAAGGAGAGACGAAUACAAACUCGCCGCUAGUCCCGAGGCGAAACAACCCUGCCGACGAUACCUACAGAGUAUGAAUGAUGAAAAAUCCGGUCGGGCUCCUAUGGGUAACCGGGACCGUGAACCCUACUACGGGCGAGAGCGAAGCCAUUACAACAAAGAAUCCAGCGGUUACCGACCUGCCCCGUCCGGCGAUGCUGGUAGUGUUAUACUCUAUUCCCCGAAAAGCGCGUAUCAACGCGCGCGGAGUCCGCCGCCCAGGGGCCACCGGGCCUCAGCGCCGGACGUCAGCAGCGCAUCCACGAGCUAUUUCAGGCCCGCCGGGUACCUGCCGCAGCCGCCGCUGACUAUCGCAGAGAGGCGCGAGUACGCAAUGAGCCUCGUAAACCCAGACACGGCGGCUGAAAAUGGCGCUCGAGAGGAGACUAGAAGACGCGAAAGCAGCGGCGGACGGAUCGAGACGGAAUCACCGCUAAUAGAAGCCCCUGCCCAAGGGGGCGGUAAUGAGGGUACGAGUAGUAAAGCGCUGGCUUCGAGUCCAACUACGGCUACGAAUACAUCUUCGACGGCGCUAGUCACCACCACGGCCCAGCGGCAGCACUCACGCCGCGAUAGCAGCUGCAGUAAGAAAGGGAUUACAGAUUCGGCUACAGCAUCAUCGGAAGCAAUGAGCACCGGAGAGAAGAAGCACCACCACGGCCAUAGCCACAGUCAUAGUCACAGCCAUAGCCAUGGACAUCAUCGGCGUCGUAGCGUGGCAGAAGACGAUAAAGGGCCGACGUGGGAGGAAGCAUUAAAGUCGCCGUCCUCUUCUCACCACCAUCGCCAUCACCAUCAUCACCAUAAGACAGAGAGCAGUAGUAAAGGAGGGGGCAGAAGUCAGCAUUCCCGCCGUCACUCUACUUAUUGAAUGUAGUUCUUUGGUCUUGCUUUAUUUUGCUAGACCAAAAGGGGGGUGGGGGGAGGAAGAGUAAGAUAUGGAAAAGGAGGGAGCGUAACAUAUAAGAUCAAGAUCAGGUUGAUUAAGG